GUGUUGCUGGUGUUUGCGCAUCGUUCGUGAGAUCGUUUCAGCAGGAUGGGAGACGAGCGGGUUCCCUCCGCAGUUUCCCAUGCGUUCUGCAGUUUAGCUCUUCCGAACGGGGAAUUUGAUUAAAUACGCUGGAGAACAACCGAGAGCCGCCAUGGUGCACCACUCGGGCUCAAUCCAGUCCUUCAAACAGCAGAAAGGCAUGCACACCAGCAUCAGCGAGAUCCUGAAGGAGAAGAGCCUGAAGCCGUCUCGCCGCAGCCUGCCCUGCCUGGCUCAGAGUCAGACGCAUCCCAUCAACCUCAACCACUUCCUGUCUGUGCCUCUGAGCCCAGAUCCCAAACCAGACCUUGACGAUCUGAGUCAGAGCAUCAGCACUUCCUGCAGCCUUCUGCCACCACAGACAGCAGAGGAUGUCAAAGACAGCUACAUUGAGGAGACUGAAGUAAGCACAUGUGAAACAAGAGCAAACCCGACAUUUCUUCCGCAAAAGCCCGUCAGUCGGGCUAAAUUAGGGACCCGCGCAGACUCUCUUCAGGGUAAAAAACAGUCAGACGUAUCUGGACUGCUUUUUCGAGAUGGAAAAAAGAGAAUCGAUUACAUCCUGGUUUACAAGAAGUCCAGCCCGCAGGUGGAGAAAAGAUGCACAUUUGAGAAGAAUUUACGAGCCGAGGGCCUCAUGCUAGAGAAAGAGCCCUCUUUGACGAACAACGACAUCAUGUUUGUGAAGGUUCACGCUACUUGGGAUACCCUCUGUAAAUAUGCAGAGCAGAUGAACAUCCGUAUGCCUUUCAGGAAAAAAUGCUACUUCACUGACUGGAGGAGCAAAACCCUUGGCAGCAGGUUUCAUCUGAGGUGUCAGCAGAUAAAAAGCUGGCUUCCCAAAAAUCCCAUGAAGCUGGACAAAGAGGCGCUGCCCGACCUGGAGGAGACGGAAUGCUACACGGCGCCCUUCAGCAGAGCGCGCAUGCAUCAUUUCACUAUCAACAACAGAGAGAUGUUCUUCUCAAAUUCCACCAGGAGCAGAAUAGUCCAUCACGUCCUGCAGCGCACCAAGUAUGAAGAUGGAAAAUCAAAGAUGGGCAUCAACCGCUUACUGGGCAACAACACGUACGAGGCGGCGUUUCCUCCACAUGAGGGUGGCUACAAGAGCAGACAUCCAAUUAAAACGCACGGAGCCCAGAACCAAAGGCAUCUUCUGUACGAGCGCUGGGCCCGCUGGGGGAUUUGGUACAAAUACCAGCCUCUGGACCUCAUCAGGCGGUAUUUUGGGGAGAAGAUUGGCCUGUACUUUGCAUGGUUGGGCUGGUAUACAGGCAUGUUAAUCCCUGCAGCCCUCGUUGGUGUUUUUGUCUUCCUCUAUGGACUCUUUACCAUGGACUCCAGUCAAGUGAGUAAGGAGAUUUGUGAAGCCAACACAACCAUCAUGUGUCCUAUGUGUGAGGAAAGCUGCAAGCCAUGGACGCUGAGUGACAGCUGCGUCUUUGCAAAGGUAACUCGUCUAUUUGACAACGGCGGCACUGUGUUUUUUGCUAUCUUCAUGGCUAUUUGGGCAACCGUAUUCCUGGAGUUUUGGAAAAGAAGGAGAGCAGAACUGACGUACGACUGGGAUCUCAUCGACUGGGAGGAGGAGGAGGAGGAACUGAGGCCUCAGUUUGAAGCCAAGUACUUCAGAGUGGAGAGAGUUAACCCCAUUUCUGGAAAGCCUGAGCCCUUCCAGCCCUUCUCCGACAAACUCAGCCGCCUGAUGGUGUCUGUGUCUGGAAUAUUCUUCAUGAUUUCCCUCGUUCUGACGGCCGUGUUUGCUGUUGUGGUUUUCCGUCUCAUUGCGAUGGAGAAGUUUGCCUCCUUCAACUGGGACUUUAUCCAGAAAAACUGGCAGUUUGCCACGUCUGGCACUGGCGUCUGCAUCAACUUUAUGAUGAUCAUGUCACUCAAUGUGGUUUAUGAAAAGGUGGCCUACCUGUUGACUAACUUAGAGCACCCACGCACCGAGUCUGAGUGGGAGAACAGCUUUGCUCUGAAGAUGUUUCUCUUCCAGUUUGUGAAUUUGAACAGCUCCACGUUUUACAUCGCUUUCUUUCUCGGAAGGUUUGCUGGCAGGCCUGGAAGCUACAAUAAGCUCUUUAAUCGAUGGAGGCUAGAGGAGUGUCACCCCAGCGGCUGUUUGAUUGAUCUGUGUCUGCAAAUGGGAGUCAUCAUGUUCUUCAAACAAAUCUGGAACAACUUCAUGGAGCUUGGAUAUCCCUUGCUGCAGAACUGGUGGUCUCGCAGGAAGAUGAAGAAAGGAGGUGGAGGUGGUGGUGGAGGCCAGAAUGUUGAGAACAAAACCCAGCUGCCACAGUGGGACAAGGACUGGAACCUGCAGCCGAUGAACGCACACGGACUGGUGGAUGAAUACCUGGAAAUGGUUCUCCAGUUUGGCUUCACCACCAUUUUCGUAGCAGCUUUCCCUUUGGCUCCUCUCCUGGCUCUGCUUAACAACAUCAUCGAAAUUCGUCUGGAUGCCUACAAGUUUGUCACUCAGUGGAGGAGGCCCAUGCCAGCGCGGGCAACAGAUAUAGGUAUCUGGCAUGGGAUUCUGGAAGGUAUCGGCGUUCUGGCAGUCAUCACCAAUGCCUUCGUCAUCGCUAUAACCUCGGACUACAUUCCCCGCUUUGUUUACGCCUUCAAAUACGGCCCCUGUGUGGACAAGGGGCCCCAUCAUAUAGAUGAGUGCCUGCGAGGUUAUAUGAACAGCAGCUUGUCUGUGUUUGACAUGUGGGAGCUGAAGAACAGCAGUGAGAUCAGAUACUGCAGGUACAGAGACUACAGAGCGCCGCCCUGGAGCACAGCGCCCUACGAGUUCACCCUGCAGUUCUGGCAUGUGUUGGCUGCCAGGCUGGCAUUCAUCAUCGUCUUUGAGCACCUGGUGUUUGGCAUCAAGUCCUUCAUUGCGUACCUAAUUCCGGACAUGCCGAAGGAUCUGUGCGACCGCAUGAGGAGGGAGAAGUACUUGAUGCAGGAGAUGAUGUACGAGGCAGAACUGGAGCAUCUGCAGAAAGAGCGAAAGAAAAACGGGAGGCGUUAUCACCAUGAGUGGCCUUAGCCUCAGCUCCCCCUGAUGUGUCCGUAGCUCAUCACUCAGCCCUCAGCUCACCAACACAACCCACCCCCCUCUGCUUAUUUAUGUAUGUUAGCUUGGAGAGUCUAGCUUUGCGCUGCUGGUAGAGUCUACACCAAAGACAUCCUGUUGAGAUCUUCUCCCUGAACUCCUCUUUGUGUUUUCUGCACCCUUCCAUCCGGCAGGUUGCCCUUGGAUCUGUGCCCUGUCAUGGCUUCAGUGGGAAAACCUUUGCAAUUGUAAUGUUUACUAUGCAGAUCAAGGGCUGCAGUCGACCCUUGCUCACUCUCAGCCCCGAGCCCUGCAGCCUCUCUCUGUGUGGCAGCUAGCACUUUGCUUCGACUCUGCAUGGCAGCGCGUUUCCUUCUCUAUAUCGUCGCCUUCUGCAGAGAUACGUGUACGUGGCACUAAACGUUUCCUUGUUGCCAAGUGAUACUGGUGAUUGUGGCUACCAAAUAAAACGGACACUGCUCUUACAAAGUAACUGUAUAUCGCUGUUAAAGCAUGUUCACUGACAUUUUUUAGAUAUUUCAUGACCUGCAAAGAGAAAAAAACAGAAUUCAGAUCACUUGUUGUGAAGGGUGUUGACAUCCAUUCUGUGCAUUUGAUGAAGAAACCUAUAAAGUGCAUGGUAACACUGUUUUGUACCUUUUGAUAGAGAAACUACUUGUCCUGAUGCCUGGUGGCUCAUGUAAGUGCGAGUUGUGAGGUUAUCUCUUUGUUUCUGUUGAUCUUGACUGUCUUGAGUUGAGAAAAUGCAAACUUGGUGAAGUUUGAUUGUGCCUGCAGUGUAACAGCAUCAUCGCCCUCCACAGCUUGGUCAGCACAUGCCAUUUUUUUCUUUCCUUUUUUUUCAGUCAGAGAUGUUUGGUUUGGAUGUCGGCUACACCUCAGUACCUUCUCGGGUCUCGGCGACAGUGUAUAUGUGUCGUAACUGGACUCCCGUCGUGAAUGAUGCGUGUGUUUGCUUUCCAGGACCCAGAAAUCUGCUGUUCCAUUCGUCUCCCCGCAGUCUGUUUUUCAUUUGCCACUGGAAAUCAUGUAAUGUGGUUGAAACUCGGAUAUCUUGGAAAUACCUGUGGCUUGGGUGUAGAUGUGUUUAGUUAAGAUGCCGUGGAUUUUAACUGCAUGUUUCUUUCUAAUGAACUUGAGAAGUAAAACAUUUCUGCUAGAUUUGGUCUGAUAGACCCGGAUCAUUCCUCAGUCAAACACCCCAAAAUUAUAAGUUUAUAAGACCUUGAAAGCUGUUUACACCUCAUAAAUCUUUAAGCGUAUUUUAAUGGGAUUUGCAUGAUAGACCAACACAACGUAAUAAUUGUGACAUGGAAGAACAUUUUCUUUCUUUUUUUUUCAGUAUCUGAAAAGUAUGGAAUGCAUUUGUAUUCUGUAUCCUAGACCAGUGGUCCCCAACCACUGGGCCGUGGACCAGUGCCGGUCCGUCCGUUGACCAAUUGGUACCGGGCCGCGCAAGAAAUAAUUAAAUAUCUUUUUUAUUUUGAAAAUACUAAACCGGAAGCUGUUGGUUACGUCUUGCACGCCAACAUGCAGCAGAAUGAGUAAUAAACAACGGCGUCGGUGUCGACCCUCACGGCGCGCACCACCCACCCAGUCUGCAGAAAAUUCCAGAAGGGUUGACCGGUCCGCUCCACUAAAAAGGUUGGGGACCACUGUCCUAGAAUAUAAUUCUAAUUUAAAAAGAAAGUCUUGAAAAGCCGUGUUUGUUUUCUGCCUCAUAGGGACACAGUAAACAUUUGGGGAAGCGUGCUCUGAUCUCAUGAGAUCACAGUUGAACUUUCCGUGUUCAAAGUUGGAAGAGGUGUACCACAAAAGUACCUAUUUGGAUUUGUGGAAUCCAAAUAGGUACUGGGUUUAUAGGUGCUUUUCUUUCACUUUGCUUUUGUGUGAUUUUUCUUUUUUGUGUGUGUAUGUGUGUUGGUCUAACAAAUAAUUCCCAUAUAAAUUACACUUGUAAUAACAGGAAAAGUGGCAAAGUUUAAAUAGAUUGACUACUUUAGCAAGGCGGUGGAUUAAUGUGAGGGGGGAGUGCUUUUCUUAUUCAGUUAUAAAUCAUAAGAAGUUAUUCAUCAUGUGAAAAGAUUACCCAGUGUGCAUUGCAUGGCAUUUUUAUAAAACUCAAUUGAAUUUUGAUGUACAUCAAUUCAUGCAAUUCAUGCAUUUUAUACCUUUUCUUUUGCACUAUCAACCCAAGUUUCCAUUUUCUCACACUCUGACAGACAAUGUAACGUCCACAUUUCUCAGGUGUCCGCUGAAUGUUUGCAGAUGAUCUGAUUUCUAUCCCUUUCUUGUUAUUUUUUUAGAAAUAUGUUGUUGUGCUUCAGUGCUCUUUGCAUGACUUAUAUGCACACUCGGUAGAAAGCUGGUUUUAUUAUUUAUUUUAACUCUUUUUUUUUUCACUGCUGCCCUUAGCUUUGUGAAGUAGGUCAGAAAUGUCCUCUUUCUGUGGAAACCCUGCUGUGCGAAGCAGGACGUUGGUCAAAAACUAAUUACGCUUUCAGGAAGUGCUCAAUUCAAUAUUUCACUGUCUUACUGACAUCAACUAGUUUUUAAAGAGUCUCUUCCCUGCGAUGUGAACACUAAAAAUCUAUGCAUGUUGUUAUCCUCGAGUGCUACUUUUCUUUUCAGCAGAACCAGAUGUAGAUGCACCGGUACGUUCGUACUGUAGAGUAUGCAUGUCUUUAACGGCUGCUUUUAGCAGAGCCAGCGUCUGUAGAGUUAUUACACAUAUCACCUCUAUUUUUUCAGUGUUGUUCAUUUUUGGAGUCACGUCAAGAUUUUAUAUUGAAGGAGUAUUUUCUAAGUCACAGCUUUGGACUCUGCACUGUUUAACACCAUCUGUCCGGGAAUUUUAAGGAGAUUUAGAUGUAAAUCCUCAGAGUUCCUCUGCUUGGACUCUCGUUUGAGAAUCACAAAGAUGUUCACCCAUGAACGGCCCGAGAAUUUAACCUAAAGGCAAACGAGGGGGGUGUUAGGAAUGACCUUGGAUGACCCUGUUAGUAAUCAUUUCUAAAUGGCUCUUCAUCAGUUCACCUUCUCACAGGUAUAAAUGCUGCACAGCGGUGGAAAGGUGCUUCUCCAGCCUUCUCUACCUUUGGCAAUAGCACAACAUUAGUGUUGUAUGAUAAGUAAUAAUGGCGUGACGUUGCACAUGUCUGAAAACAUAGCAGUCCGGAGGGGGAUUAGGCUUCAUGUGGUACGCUCUGCCUCCUGAUAGGAUCAUGCUUGAGCAACGAUGUAGUUGAUGUGGAAGCACAGUAAUGUCAGCUCAUGCAUUUAACUCUAGUAGGAUGAUAUGACUGUAUUGUUUACUUCAUUCCUGUUUACAUGUACAAACAUUGAAAUGUAUAAAAAAAAUAAUAAUGUAAAAUACUUUGGAUAUCACUCUUUUCUGUAAUAAA